AUGUAUCCGCCUAUAGACGCAACCUCACCGCUAGCCCACGAAGUCGCGUACAAUGCCAUCGACUAUGCCAUGUCACGUGGCCUCGUAGUUCGAGCACCAGCUUCCGUAUCUACAUCAGAAGACGUACCUAUUGUAACUCAUGCUCCAUUCGCACUUUUCCCAACCCCGUUUCCUAAAUCUGCGUAUGAGAAUGCAGUCGAAUUGCAGCCUAUAUUCAACAAGCUGGUCGAUUGCUGUGCGAGGGAUCAUGAGUUUAUCACAGAGGCUAUGGAAAGCUUAUCAAAAGUCGACGAUUUCGUGGAAAAGCUGUAUGAUAUAUACAAGAAAGUGCAUGCGCUUGGAACCGCUCAGAAAAUCACGUUCGGAUUACACAGAUCAGACUACAUGCUCCAUAACUCUUCCAAACCGGGCGAGCCCGAAACAUUACACGUCAAACAGGUCGAGCUAAAUACAAUCGCAGCAUCGUUCUCGUCGCUAUCACAUCAUGUAUCGAAACUGCAUCAGUAUCUGGUGCGUACCCAACCGCAGUAUACGUUGCCGGAGCACUCGUAUAUGCCAGAGAAUACGAGUAUUGAGACUAUACCGAGGGGGUUGGCUAAGGCGUGGCAGUUGUACGGUAAUCCAAAGGCUGUGGUGGUCAUUGUAGUUCAACCUGGUGAAAGGAAUGCGUUUGAUCAGAGGUGGAUUGAGUAUACAUUGUAUAACGAGUACAGUAUCACCCUGAUACGAAAGUCACUAGCCGAAAUACACGAACAGGCAUCCAUUCAUAGUCCUGGAGGUCCUCUGAUCCUCAACGGCCAAGAAGUAGCCGUAACAUACUUCCGCGCAGGCUACUCCCCAACCGACUACCCAACGCACGCCGAAUGGGACGCCCGACUCCUAAUCGAGUCAUCCAGCACAAUCAAAUGCCCAAACAUUGCCUACCACCUCGUCGGGUCCAAGAAAGUGCAGCAGAUACUCGACCAGCCUGGAAUGGUCGAACGGUUUAUUCAUGAUGCGGAUCAGGUUGCUGCAUUACGGAAGUGUUUUAUGGGCCUGUAUCCACUGGAUGGAAGUGCGGAGGGGAUUAAGGCUAUGCAGGAUGCGCUGGAAAGUCCCGAGAGGUUUGUUAUGAAGCCGCAGAGGGAGGGUGGAGGAAACAAUAUAUAUGGAGACGACAUCAAAACAACACUUCAAAAACUAUCGCCAGCUGAACGAAACGCAUACAUUCUCAUGGACUUGAUCAAAGCACCCGUACGUAAAAGCAUUAUGGUGAGGUUGGGCAAGGUGAUUCCUGGGGAUGUGGUUAGUGAGGUUGGGAUUUAUGGGAUCUGGAUCAGUGAAGGAGAUAUAGUUCAUAUGAAUGAAACAGGCGGACACUUGUUACGAACUAAAGCUAGCAACUCUAACGAAGGGGGUGUUGCAGCUGGGUUUGCAGUGUUGGAUUCGCCGUUACUCAUCAUUGUAGCAUCUGAAUCCCAAGCAGACACAAUCAGAGCACAGACCAAGCUGCAACUAGAAGCUGAUUUACGUCGGAUCUUGUCGAGAGACAAGAAAGUAUCGCCUCCUGGAUCGGCGAAUCAAGUCGAACAGGCUGAUUCGCAGAUAUACGUUGUAGAUGAUGAGGAGACUGAUGAGGAUCUAGAUGAUGGAUCUGGGGAGGUCGCGGAGGGAGAAGUGUGUCUCGUGUCGUCGGGUAUUAAGGGUGGCGAUGACGCUGAUCGGUAUUGGUUGGCGUUUCAUGUGCCUUGGGAAGAAAUGGAUUCGAGUAUGGUUACUGUGGCUGGAGUUGAUAUGGUGGUUGUUAGGUAUUGGGAGGAUUAUAAAUAUGGAACUAUGUUUCCGCAUGAGUUGAAGCCAUUCGUACCCGGAACUGGUCUGUAUGAAAAGAUGGUGGCUAAUAGGGCCUUUACUAGCUCGAAAGGAUACCGUCGAGCAAUGGACUUUCUAAACACAGGCAAAGUGCCAAAGAUGUUUAAAUGGAAGAACUGGGGCAUGUCUGGCAAAUACAGAACAAUUGUCGCAACCGAUUCUCCUGAACCAGAAACCAUUACGACUAGUAGACCCCAACGACGUGUCUCAUCAACUCAAAUACAACAACCACCUCAACAGCAACAGCAGCAACAACCUGUACGAGCUAAACGAGCAGCCACACCCCAAAUUGUGACUCGAGGAGCAACACCGAAACAAACAUCCCCAGAAGCCGACUAUAGCACCACGACCAAUAGUAGAUAUACAGCCAAACCUACUUACAACACCAACAACGCACGCACAAAACCAACCGUAAACCACCUCCUCGCCCAACUUUUCCCCGAAAUGAACCAGCUCGACGAUGACGGCCACAACCGACGCGCACCCACACCACCCAUCCAAACUAAACGUGUACGAGAUCAACGACCCGCCGUACGUGGUCGCCAAACCGGGAAUGCACACAUGUAUGCUAAUACUAACGCAACUCCCGAACCGCUAUCGACAUCAACGCCUAAAAUCAUGUUUAUGAAUCACCGGGAUGCCAGUGCGCCAUUACCGGAUGAGUUGAGGCACCAUUUGAUGAACACGUUGGCGUAUAGGAAUGUGCCGAGACGGAAGGGCGGUGAGAGGGCGGGUGUGUUGGGGGAUUUGAGUAGGCAUGUUGAGGUUGCGCGGAGUAUGGUUAUGAGAUGGGGCGCUGAAGAUCGCGGUGAAGUGGACGUUGAUGAGCGAGUGUUGAACGGGAAUAAGAAGAGGGUUAAUGCUGCUGUUGGUGCUAGUAAUAGUGCAGAAUUGGAACGCGGGAAUCUUAAAAAGGCGAAACGAUGA